GUCAACUGUCAACCAACUUCCAGAAACGAUACCACGUGCGCCCAACCAUUCGUUGGAGAAACAUGGUCGACGCACUGCAGGAAGUACCGCCCCUCCCUGCCGCCGGAAACGCCCCAGAGAACCCCCGGGGGAUGGACGGUCCGCACAACAUCGUUUCGGCGGGAGAAUCUGCCGCGGGGGACCACAACGACGACUUUUUUUCUGCGACGGACGAGGACCUCGAAGACGACGAGGAAGGCCGCGCGUACCACCGCUGGGAUCCCUCCUACGCCUCGGGCGCGAGCGAUUCCGGGGCGGGGGGAGACCGCGACACCACCGGCAUCGGCAUCGGCAGCUACGCAGAUUUGUUGUACGACGAGAACCUAGACGAGGAAGACGAGGCCUACGUGUACAAGCACAUACGGGGCGGGAUCAGGGAGGCGGUGACCGUCCGCACCGCACCAACGAAGGGUCCCGGCCCCGCGGCCGCUGCCGAUGGCGCUCCGGUGUCCGGUGGCGAAACGGGGACGACGCGCACGCAGAGACCACAACAACAACAACAACAACAACGGGUCGUCGAGAUGUACAAACCACGGAGCAGCGACGCCGUUCUGAGCUGCCCGUGCUGCUUCAACAUUGUGUGCAUGGAUUGCCAGAAGCACAAGCGCUACGCGAACCAGUACCGCGCCAUGUUCGUCAUGGGAAUCGCCGUCGAUUGGAACCACGUCCUGGUCUACGACGAGGCAAAACGCGCCCUCGUGUCCAAGGCCCCGGCGCAAGGCGAAGCGGGAGGCGACCCCGCGGGUGCCGCCAAGCCGUUUGUUGCGGCCGGGGGCGGAGAAUACUACGCCGUAGAAUGUGCCGCGUGUGGCACCCGGGUUGCGGCCCUGGACAUGAGAGACGAAGUGUACUACUUUCAGGGUUGCUUGGAAUCCUCCUCGGCGUUUUGACGCGCUUACCAAGGCGUGCAAGCGCACGACGGGCAAACGCAUUGCUGUAGAGUAUGUACGUACUGUUUUGUACAAAUAGCAAAAAUCGUUUCUUUCCGUAGACGCUGAUCGCGGGAAGACAGCUGGGCGGCACAGAGAAGCGUCUCGCGAUCUCCACGAAGAAGCACGAUUUCUGUACACUAUAAAAUUCCGCUGUUAUA